UUGUGAAGGAGCUAAAUGACAUAUUACCCUAAUACACUUGACAUAUAUCAGGGCCGUACAGGAAUCCGUUCCUAUGUGGGCAGUGUUGCACUUUGUAAACAGGUAGAGGAAAAGCGAAACAGUUUAAAGCGCCGUAUGGCUUUGUAGGCUUGUAGCAGACUAACAAGUAUCAGUAAGGGGGAGAGGGAGAUCUUUGAGAGAGAAAGAGAGAGGAUGCUAGGAAAGAGGUUGGCUUCAACCCUUCUGAAGAUUUCUCCGGCAACCCAGUCUGCAAGGCUUUCCAUGUCUACGGAGGAAGGGAAGACCAAGAAUUUGGGUCGCAAGGUGGUCUCAGUUUUGUUGCUUAGUCUCACGGGUGGUGUUGCUUUGAGUGCUCUUGAUGAUCUUGCAAUUUAUCAUGGAUGUAGCAGAGUUACUAGGUAUCAAAUCUCUCUCCAUGGCAUAAAAGCAGUUAUGGACCUUGCCAUGGAAAAAGCAAGUCAGAGCCAAGCAAUUAAGGAUGCUCUUGGUGAACCUAUUGUGAAGGGGCCAUGGUACAAUGCCUCACUGGCAGUCGCUCACAAGAGGCACUCUGUAUCUUGCACGUUUCCAGUGUCUGGACCACAAGGGACUGGUGUGUUUCAAUUGAGGGCUGUUCGUCAUGGAGAUGGCCACAAAUGUUUGAUGGGGAGAAGGAGAUGCAUAACAGAGUAAAAAAAUCAGCUAAUUAGCUGACUCAGCUAUUAAUUAGAUUCACAGUUCAUUUGUAACAUGAGUGGCAAGACUGUCGUUAUGGAAAUGACUUUUCUUUGCUGGUUAUAUAUUCCAGCUCUAAAUUAACAUGGAUGAAGAAAAAGAAAAUCACUAGUUCUGAUGGGCCUCUUUUUAUCAUUCCAUGGUAAUCACCAGAAAGUCUUAAGAUGCAACCAACUAAUAUUUUGUGUUGACAUUGUGGAACUUGCACGUAUUCAUAACUUUGUUAGUAUUAAGAUGAUGACCAUUUAACUGUUCCA